AUGCAGGUGGGCUGUAUUGCAGUAGAGUUGGAGCGCAGACCUCGUGGUUUUGGCUUCAGUCUGAGAGGAGGAACGGAGUAUAACAUGGGCCUCUACAUCCUGCGGCUGGCUGAGGAUGGCCCCGCUCUACAGGAUGGCAGGAUACAUGUAGGAGAUCAGGUAGUGGAGAUCAAUGGAGAACAGACGCAAGACAUCAGUCACACUAGAGCCAUUGAGCUGAUCCAAGCUGGAGGAAACAAAGUGCUACUGUUACUGCGACCGUUGUGUAAGCUCCUCUGCGGUGUGUUAUUGCCCCCAGGAGUAUCAUCACUAACAGCCUCUUUUCCUCUAGGUCUUUUAUUCUUUGGUUCUGCUGGAGAUGUUAUCCUUCCUGAUCUGCCGAGAUCCAACAUUCCUCUCAGUUCUCCUCUCCUUCAUCUGUCAUCCACCUCAGUGAAGAAGGAAACAUCAAACCUGACAAGCUCCUUUGCCUGUUCUCGCUGCUCCUUGGAUCUGGCCUGUGAAGAUCCUCGCUCUAAAGACAGCAAGAGGGAGAAGUGUGCCAAACCACCAAACACCAGCUCUUCCAGAGUCCCGCAGCAACGGUGCAUCAAGAGUCGGUCCGCAGAGAAUCUCCUUGAUCUCGGAGAUACAGAGAAAUCCAAAAGACCAUCCAAAGCCAAAGACAAAGCUCACAGCCACAAAGAAAAUCUGCAACAAAGCACUCGAGACUCCCACAAGAACAGAAAGUCCUUCCAACAUCGCUCAGUCAGUCCCCAGAAGUCAAAGCGUGAAGGACAGGAAGUGGUAAUUGGAGAAGCGCAGGGACGGAAAGAGGAACGCCGCAUGAAGGGAACACCAAGCGUGGACCAGAGGAAAAGUGACACUGAAAGAAACAGGAAAAAACAGGAAUCUAGAGGAAGGAUGCAAAAUGAGACCCAAGAAGGGGAGGAGAGGUGGAGAGCUGAGAGAAAAGUGAGAAGCAAAGGAGAGAAUGAAGCAGCUGAGCCAAAUGGAGAAACUGAGCUCAAAAGCACCCAAAAGAAGAAAAAACAGAGAGAUAGAGACAUGCAAAAUGAAAGCACCCACAUAUCGAGCAGAGAGGGAGACAAGAAGAGCAAACAAACAAAGGAUAAGGGGGAUCAAAAGGGAGAAAACAGGAAGGAAAUGAUUACAGAUAAGAAUGGAAGCAAAAGGAAAGGAAAUGAGAGUGAAGACAGGAAAGAUGACAUUGUCACCACAGAUGCGGCUCCAGUCACCACCAGGGCAAGUCUAGUCUUUGACCAUCCUGCACCCUUGAGCGACGGCCUCUGGAAGAUCCCUAGUUUUGCACGUAUCCUCACGCAUGAGGAAGCGAUGCGAGAUGUUUGUGAAUAGUUUGGCGAUCCUUGGGAAUAGAAGGUUUAAAACCAGAAACAUAUGCAAGUAUGUGAAUGUACCACUUCUAGCUAAGAUUUCACACUGUUCAUCAUGGAUUGCAAGUAGGCUACACAUUGUAUUCUCAGCAUUUCAGCACUAUCAUGGGAAUUAGCACAAAUGAUCUGCUGGUGGAAGAGAAUCUUGCUGAGCAAGUUAGUUAAACUGUCGACAUGUUUAUAGCUAGCUACCUAAAUAACAACACAUCUGGUUUAUUGGCACAGACAUUUGAAGAAAACCUUCUUGAGUACACCUUCUUGAAUACAAGACUAAGCAUAUUCAAGGGGUUACUCAAAGUACUUAAGGGGAUGAUUGAGAUUUCUUUGUACAUCUAUGUACAGCAGGGCAGUGUUUCAAGCAUUUGCACUUGCAUAGAAUUUUACACUAGCCUAACUUCUCAUUAACGUGUUCCUUAUACUGUAAAAAAUACAAAUCAGAAGUUGAGUUUUUUAAUAAGAACGGAUUUAUGGAAAAAAUGGUUGAAUCAACUCAAAGUUGAUACAUCAUAUAAUAAGUUCUACUGCAUAAAGUCAAAAAUAGUAAAGUUUUUUACUUGUGAAUCCAAAGCAGAUAAGCUUGCAAAUAAGCCUCAUGUCAUUCCAAACCUUUCUUUCUUCUGUGGAAGAUAUUUUGGUAA